UUUAGGGGCUAGUGCUCUGAGGGAAUUCAUACUACCAUCCUGUCUGUGAGUGAGGAGUUUUGGCUAAUUCCUGCAGAAGCCUAUUGAACCAAACUCACAUAAUGUGUGAUCUAUUUGUGGGUACCUGGAAACUCAUCUCCAGUGAAAACUUUGAGGACUAUAUGAAAGAGCUGGGUGUAGGCUUUGCCACCAGGAAAAUGGCUGGUGUGGCCAAGCCUAAUGUGAGCAUAAGUAUCAAUGGAGAUGUGAUAACAAUCAGAACAGAAAGUACCUUCAAAAAUACAGAGAUCUCUUUCAAGUUGGCUGAGGAGUUUGAGGAAACCACGGCUGAUGAUAGGAAAGUUAAGAGCACUGUAACCCUAGAAAAUGGCUCACUGAUUCAGGUGCAGAAAUGGAAUGGAAAAGAGACCACUCUAACAAGAAAACUGGUGGACGGGAAGCUGGUAGUGGAGUGUGCUAUGAACACUGUUACCAGCACAAGAGUCUAUGAAAGAGCAUGAAGAAACACCAUCUCCGUAAUGGAUUGCGACUCCCAAAGUUAUGGAGAACUGGCUCAGUUCAAGGAGUGAAGUGCCACAAGUCUGCCUAGUGACACUCAAGACUGGUCAGACUUUAUGCCAAAGCCAUGCUACAGCUAACCUGAACUCUUGUGUCUAUUCAAUAAAAUGUUCAAUGGCUUAGAAA